AAAACUCCCACAUAGGAUAGGAGUAGGAGUACUCUCUCUCUCUCUCUCUCUCUCUAUACCCAAAAAAAAACCCUCCAAAUAUCCAAAUGGAUCGUCAAACCCCACCCUCUUCUCCACCGCAUGUUCUCAUCUUCCCCUUGCCACUACAGGGCCCCAUCAAAUGCAUGCUCAAGCUCGCCGAGCUCCUCUGCCUCGCCGGCGACAUCGACGUCACCUUCCUCAACACCCACCACAACCACAGCCGUCUGCUCCGUUACACCGCCCUCGACUCCCGCUUCUCGGCCUACCCGCAAUUUCGUUUCCAAACCAUCUCUGACGGCCUCCCUGAUGAUCACCCCCGCUCUGUUGACCGAUUGGGUGACUUGUUGAACGGGUUGUGGACCGUGACCAACCCGAAUUUCAAGGAGAUGCUAAAUUCCGCCGCCGGCGAUCGGCGGCCGGUGACGGGUGUGAUAGCUGAUGGGGCUUUGACUUUCGCUCUUGACGUGGCUGAAGAAGUUGGAAUUCCACUGAUCUAUUUUGAGACGAUCAGUCCUUGUGGUCUCUGGACUUACUUUUGUGUCAACAAACUCAUUGAGGCUGGGGAGAUUCCUUUCCAAGGAGAUGAUUUGGAUGCACCAAUUCAGAGUGUUCCAGGCAUGGAAGGUUUUCUCAGGCGUCGUGAUCUACCGAGUUUCUGUCGUACCACAGACCUCAAUGACCCUGUUAUCCAGCUCGCCAUGAGGGAGUGUCGACAAGUCCCGCGAAGUCGCGGACUUAUACUCAACACGUUUGAGGAUUUAGAUGGACCUGUACUCUCUCACUUGCGUUCUCUCUGUCCAAACCUCUACCCCGUUGGCCCACUGCACACCCACCUAAAGACGAGACUCGAAGCACAAUCAACACCGCCACCUGCAUCCUCGGACAGUCUGUGGCAAGAAGAUAAAAGCUGCAUGGCAUGGCUUGAUGCCCAACCGUCGAGAUCUGUGAUCUACGUUAGUAUUGGCAGCCUUGCCAUGAUGUCAAUGGAGCAACUCGUGGAGUUUUGGCAUGGAUUGGUGAACAGCGGGGUGCGAUUCUUAUGGGUCAGACGACCAAACUCCAUAGUUGGCGAAGACUCGGUGGGUCAGAUUCAAGAAGAACUCUCGGAAGCUACAAAGGAGAGAGGAUGCUUGGUGAGUUGGGCUCCGCAAGAGGAGGUCUUGGCUCACCCAGCCAUUGGCGGGUUUCUGACCCACAGCGGGUGGAACUCGACUUUAGAGAGCUUGAUAGAAGGAGUGCCGAUGGUUUGCUGGCCUUAUUUUGUUGAUCAACAUGUGAAUAGUAGGUUUGUAAGUGAAGUAUGGAAGAUUGGGAUCGACAUAAAAGAUACUUGUGAGCGCGGGGUAAUUGAGAAGAUGAUCAAGGAUCUUAUGAAUGCGAAGGGAGAUGAGUUCAGGCAGUCAAUGGAUCAAUUGUCUAAAUUGGCGAGGGAAAGUAUUAACGUAGGUGGAUCAUCGGUCUGUAAUUUGAACCGCCUGAUUGAGGACAUAAGAUCGAUGAAGGUGUGAACAUGAUGAUGAAAUUCAAGGUUUUUUUUUCCUGCAAAUAAAAGGUUACGAAUGCAAAGGAGGAGAAUGAGGCGAUUUCUUUGAUUCAUGCAGUACUUGAGUUUCAGAGGUCUAGCUGGUCCCAAAUCCUAGGCCUGAAUUUAUGCUACUCCACUUAAUUGUUGCUCGGCGGUCCAUGGAUUCUGCAAACUCGAUUGGCAUUUUGUAUGGAAAAUUUUGCAAAACCCCUUCCCUUUAAUAUGGUUCCACAUUAAAGUAAGCAAUCCUUAUCAUAAUUGAAGAAUUUGGGUUCCUUUUGUUUAAUUUCGUUCUUGUGUCAAUCUUUUAAUUGUGUGCAACUUCACGCCCAUAAUCUUGUUCAAUUUUUCCUCUUUCGAAUUGCUAGCUAUAUACACGUGGUGUAACCUUGCGUAUUAGCGAGAUAGUGUUGGAUUAAUUCUUAAAUUUUACGUUCA